ACUCAUAAAUUGCCUCAAUAGAUAAUUUAUGUCAGGAAUUCAGUGAGCUUGCAUAUUAUAGGGCUAUACUCUCCAGAUGCAUUCCAAUAAUACAAUUUUAGGCUAAAUGAGUCACAUCUCAAUACCCCAUUACGCUUAAUUUCGUAAAUAUAAAAAUGAUAUAGAAUAGGUAUACAAAGAACCUGAAUAUACGACCUGCUGAGAAUAGGCUAAACCAAUUAAAUCUUAGCUCAUUGCUUGUUAAAGAGAAGAAGCUGAAUACCCUUUAAAGGCCCAACAGUCAGACCUAUUAACUUGGCAUCAAGAAUGAAGAGUAGGAUGCAAGACAAGUCUCUUUCGAGAGUGUCUAAAAAUAAUGGUGUAAUCCUCAACCUUUCAAAACCCUUAUCCCCACAAGAGAGAGGGAGGGGGAGAGGGGUUUUGAGUACCAGCAAAAGGAAGAAUAAAGAUUUUACGCUAAUGAAUUCAAAUUCAAAUGACAGGAAGAAGGGAGCACCUUAUAAGACUAGAUACGGAAGCAAUAAAAGAAAUUAUGUAAUUUCACCUGGAAAAAUUCGAGCCCAGAAGGCUCAUCCAAACAAAAUGUCAUGAACAAAUAGAGAGGUUCUACGUAGCAAAAUUGUUCGCAUAAAGAAUAACCAAACUAUUUUGAAUAAUUCUAAGGGAAAGGACAAAAAGAUGAAUAACUUGUUUACUAAUCUCAAUUUUGAGAAUGAGAGCACAACUACGAUCUCCCUAACCAAAGGCAUUUCUCCCAACAUGAAGUUCCAAAGAGGAAGAAAUAUGGAGCAAAGGAAAAAUAGAUUCGAACCUCUCAGUAAUCCCAGCAAGGAGAGAAAAAGAAUCCAUGGGAAAUUACAACUCUGGAUGCAUGCAACUCCAGAGAGGAGGAUGAUGCAGUUCGAUUUCAAUAAAAAGCAAUGCCAGAUCGAUACAGAUUUUGAAGAACUUUACAGAAGCGAGAAAGACUUUAGAGAAGGCUUUACUUCUACUAUCAACUCUAAGAUUGAGGAAUCCAAAGUGGAGUACAGAGAAAACCUUGUAUGCAAGAUGAAAUAAAAUAUCAGAUUCCUUUGAGCUUCAAGAUGAUGUGUUCUACCGAUCUGUGUUUAUUUAUGAUCAUUUCGACAGACUCAAAAAUCCUGAAAUAAACCCUCAUAACUUUGUGCCAGAGCAUUUCAUUGAAAAAAUGUUUAUUUUUAAAGAAGGUGACGAAGAGGAGGAGUUGAGGAAAUACAAAUACGUUAAAUUCUUUGAAUGAAUAGCUGCCGUGUUGAUCACAUUAAAGUUCAUAGAUAGUGACCGAAAUUCUCCAAAAACUCUUGAUCUAUUGAAAUUCUACUGGGCUGAGAGACUCAAUCUUGAGAUCUUGGAUUGAGAUAUCGAGGAUAGUCAUUCAAUGGAUUAUAAAUAAAAAGAAAAUAGAAUUAUUGUACAAAUUAGUUGUUCAAAAGCAACUUGAAAUAUCAUUUAGUCUUGAUUGGAAAAUACAAAGUAUCUCUAUUUCUCAUUUCCUGGAUCAUUAUAAGAGGAUUCUACCUGAUGUUCCUGGUUUCCAGUUCAAUGAGUCACAUAAGAUGAUUACCCCCAAGCGUAUAAUCAUUGGUAGUCCUCAUUCAACAAUAAAAACAGACGAAAGCACCCAAGAGAAUUGUAAGUCACCUUCUCAGAAUGGAAAUGCGAGCAUCGAUAUGGCCAAAAGCAUCAUCAGCAACUGCACAAACCCAAAAAUUAAAAAUUUUCAUAAAAUGAUGCAGAAGGAAAUUAUGGAGCUUGUGGAUGAUAUUGGAAAGAUGAGCCCUCUUGUCCCUGAAUACAUCAAUUAUGAUUCUGGAGAAAUUGCUACUGCAAUCUUCUUAGUGACAAUCAAUUAUUCGUCAAAGCUCCUCUGCUCUAAGUUUGAGCAGAACAAGAAGGAGAUCAACGAGCUGAGGGAUAAGUACAUUAGGGUGUUUAAGGUCCUAUACAUGAAGUACAAAAUGGACAAACAAAGGAUUAAUUCUUUCGCUAUCCUUCUUAACGAAGUGCUUAUAAGAGUUAAUGAAUAG